AUGCCCGGCGCAAGCGUGGCGACCCUGCCCCCAGCGGCAGCAUCAACAACUGCGCCUAGGAAAACUUCACUCGCGCCAGAGCGGAAAUACAAAUGCCAAUUCUGUAACAGAGCUUUUAGCAGGAGUGAACACCGCAGCAGGCACGAGCGAUCACACACCAAGGAACGACCAUUCAAGUGCAUGAAGUGCAGAAGCACUUUCGUGCGACGCGACCUCCUCCUUCGACACGACCGAACAGUGCACGCCAAAGACGGCGGCAUCCCCCUCCACAGCGAUGGCAAGCGUCGUGCCGGUCCCAAGACGAGGGCCGUUGCCACUCCCUCCAAGCCGGCCAUUGCCAUUGACACAGCCACGAUAGAGCAGCAACAGAUGGAAACCUCUGGUGAUGCCAUCUUCGACGUCGAGGCUGCCGCGAUGCUUGUUGCGGAUCUCUCGCGCGCCGGAUCUUACGAGGGCAGCAACUCCAUGGACUACACAUCGACGAACAUGGAACAGACCGUGACCUACCCUUCAGGUGCUAUUGCCAUCCCCCAAGCUCAACAGGUCCAGUGGGACAAUUUCAUGCCCCACUCCAUUUCCCAGGCCAAGGCGCACUCGAUCACUUCCAGCACCUCGGGAUCGUUUGAGUCUCAGCAGUCCUUCAGUAGUUCUAGCACUGUGCAACCUCACGCCAGCCAGCUUCUCUCGAUUAGCGGCCAGAAUUGCAACGGUCUUGUCCCUGCCCUUCAGUCCAUGAUCAACUCGCUCCCUCGGUCUGGCGCCAACACGCCUGUACCUCAAUCCCCCAGCGUCCUCUCCAAUGCCAACGCAGGAUUCAAGGCGCCUCAGGUCAACAGCGAUGACGAGCGCAACAUGAUCCUAGACAACAUUCGCGCCCAUGACACAGAACGUGCAAUCCCUGAGGGCUUCAGGCUCCCGAGCCAGGCUUCGUUGAACCGCUACCUGUCGACGUACUUUGGACACUUCCACCAUCACUUGCCAUUCUUGCACCCUGCCUCUUUCAACCCCACCCAGGUCUCGCCUCCCUUGCUGCUCGCUGUGCUUAGCAUAGGUGCUCUGUAUGCGUUCGACCAGGACCAGGCCUACCUGCUCCACAUCGGAUCCAAGAUCCUUGUGAACCAGUUCCUCCAACACAAGGAGAACUUCAGUUCCCGUAAGGUACCUCUCUGGACGAUGCAGAGCUCCCUGCUCAACAUGAUAUUUGCCAGCUGGAGCGGCGACCCGAAGGGAUUGGAAUGGGCCUGCUCGAUUAAGAGUCUGCUGGCAAACAUGGUAGCGGGUAACCGGUACGAACUGAAGCUGCGCCAAGAAGCCCGUGGAGACCAGCAGCCCACUCGCGCUGAGUGGGUUGAGGACGAGGGCUGCCGCCGAACGUACUACGCCGUCUAUAUCUUCUUUGGCCUGCUCACGCUCACUUACAACCACACUCCAGCCAUCAAUUUCAAUGAAUUUGAGGACCUCCAGCUUCCCUCUACCGAGGCGCUUUGGAACCUCAAGGUCACCGAUGAGGCUUCGUGGAAAGAGCAGCUCGCCAACAGCACUGUGGCCACCUUUAUGGAGGCGCACGACAAUCUCUUCCAGGGCGAGAAGAUUCGGUACAGUGCGUUCGCUACCCGUGUUAUGAUCAACGCGCUGUUCCUCGAAGUGUGGUACCACAAGCGCAGCCCUGAGGCUCUUCAGGACGUCGUCACCGAGUACAAGCUCCGUCUCGCGCUCGAAACCUGGGAGAAGUCGCUCGACCUCUGCGAGCCAGAGGCGGUGAUCAUUCCGCUCAGCGCGCCCCAUAAGGGCCACCCGCUCUUGUUCAACGCGACGGCUAUGUACCGCAACGCCCGCGCCCGUCUCGAGGUUGACCUCAAGACUGUUCAGGAGGCCCUCCGAUACCACGACUCAUACGAGGUAGCGGCGGCCAUGUCCCAUGCCAGGGAUCGUGUGAAGCGCUCCAACGAGAUGCUCAAGGUCAUUCAAGAAUGCUACAACUGCAUCGAGACGGCCGUCAUGCAGGGAGUCCGUUGGGUCGCGCGAACCUCGCCGACAAACUGGAGCGUCGAGCACCCGUUGUGCGGCAUGGAUCUCAUGAUCAUCCUCUCGCUCUGGCUGUAUCGUCUGGAACAUGACGAGGAGCCUGCUACGCCUGAGGAACUGGCCAUGUACAACAAGGUCCGCCAGCUCUUCGAGAGGGAGCUAGAUGACCCCGCGUACGCCUCCCAGCUCAGCUCUGUCGUUGCCAAGCUUUGGGGAUCUAUGUUGGAUGAAGUGGUUGUUUGGGGCAUCACCCGUCUCAUCGGUGAAUCCUUCCGACACCAUUCUCAAGCCCUAGUUGGCUAUGUUGACGACAUUGAAGCGUCCUCGAAUGCUUCGACACCUUCGAUGAUUUCGCAAGGUGCCGACGAGGAUAGCGUGUAUUAG